ACGAAACAUCUGUUUCGGUCAUUUUCUCCUUUGAGUCACUUCUGACUAGGCAUUUCUGCUCGGAGCUGCACCGAAAUACUUGUUACAGUUGAUAUUUGGGAAAAUCAAAGGAAGUACUCGCCGGCUACAGAUGGAGGCAAAUGGAGAUGACAACAUCCGCAGUGCAAGCAGCUGUCCGGUGUCUUCUCCCUCAACGAUGCUUUCAAUGGAAAACGCUCUUCGCAUCGUUCUUAGCAUCGCUCAGCGUCUACAGACCGUCACCUUGCCGCUUCAUGACACUCUUGGUAAAGUUCUAGCCGAGGACAUCCGGGCUCCUGACCCUUUACCUCCUUAUCGAGCUUCAGUUAAGGAUGGCUAUGCUGUAGUUGCUUCAGAUGGCCCUGGUGAAUAUCCCAUAAUUACUGAAUCAAGAGCUGGAAAUGAUGGCAUUGGUGUGACAGUUACUUCUGGAAAUGUUGCAUAUGUAACAACUGGAGGGCCGAUACCUAAUGGUGCCAAUGCUGUAGUGCAAGUUGAGGACACUGAACUUGUAGAAGGUGCCUUAGGUGAAUCAAAGCGAGUCAAGAUAUUGGUGCAAGCUAGACAAGGCCUUGAUAUUCGUCCUGUGGGGUGUGAUAUCGAGAAAGAUGCCAUAGUCUUAAGGUCUGGAGAACGAAUAGGCACUUCUGAGGUUGGCCUACUUGCCACAAUGGGAGUAAUGUUGGUGAAGGUAUUUCCAAAUCCAACUGUUGCAGUGCUGUCCACGGGGGAUGAGCUUGUAGAGCCGACAAAGGAGUGUCUUGGUCGUGGCCAGAUCAGGGACUCAAACCGUUCUAUGAUAAUGGCUGCUGCAGUACAGCAGGGAUGCAAAGUUCUUGACCUGGGUAUUACUCGUGAUGACGAAGAACAUCUUGAGAGGAUUUUGGAUGGUGCUAUGUCUUCUGAGAUUGACAUUCUUUUAACUUCUGGAGGUGUUUCCAUGGGUGACAGGGAUUUUGUCAAGCCUUUGCUGAAAAAGCGAGGGACAGUAUAUUUCAACAGGGUUUUGAUGAAACCUGGCAAGCCUGUAACAUUUGCUGAGCUUAUAGUAAAAUCAACAAAGGAAAAGGGAGCUAGGAAGAUUCUUGCAUUUGGUUUACCUGGAAAUCCAGUGAGCUGUCUAGUGUGUUUCCAUCUCUUUGUUGUCCCGACAAUUCGUCUCCUUUCUGGAUGGGAAAAUCCUCACCUUCUAAGAUUGAAUGCUCGCCUUGGACAGCCCAUUAAGACAGAUCCUGUCCGACCAGAAUUUCAUCGUGCAAUCAUUCGAUGGAGGGUUAAUGAUGGAUCUGGCAAUCCAGGUUUUGUUGCCGAAAGCACUGGUCAUCAGAUGAGUAGCCGGCUUCUAAGCAUGAAGUCUGCAAAUGCACUGUUGGAGUUGCCAGCAACAGGAAGUGUACUUCCUGCGGGAACUUCUGUAUCAGCCAUUGUUAUUUCUGAUAUUAGUGGCUUUCCUGUGAGUGAUAACCCUUUAGCAUUGGAGUCCAAUAUUUCCAUCCAACAUAUAUCGCAUAAACAAACAGUUGAGGAAUCACAAGCAGCUGAGGUUAGAGUAGCUGUUCUUACUGUGAGUGAUACUGUUGCAUCUGGGGCAGGGCCUGACCGGAGUGGUCCAAGGGCAGUUUCCGUAGUAAAUUCAUCAUCAGAAAGAUUGGGAGGAGCAAGGGUGGUUGCAACAGCUGUAGUUCCAGAUGAAGUAGGCAAAAUUAAAGAUGUUCUGCAGAAAUGGAGUGAUAUUGACAAAAUUGACCUUAUCCUAACUCUUGGUGGUACGGGUUUCACUCCGAGGGAUGUUACUCCUGAAGCUACAAAAAGUGUAAUAGAGAAAGAAACACCUGGUCUUCUGUUUGUGAUGAUGCAGGAGAGUCUUAAGGUAUAA